AUGACUACUCUCGGUCCUAAGAAGGACGGGGGCCCAAACAUUGAGUUCUUCCAGUCGCCGGAAUCUUUGGCACAAUUCGAUCAAAUUCGCGUUUGGCUACAGAAAAACUGUAAAAAGCAUGUUCAAACUGAUCCACCAACUAAAGAAGGAUUGGCUCAACUUGUCGUUCAACUUAUUCAGUAUCAAGAAAACAAACUGGGGAAAAAUGCAACAGAUCCCCCAUUCAUGAGGCUUCCAGUGAGUAUA